AUGGCCCCCGUCAACAACAGCAACAAUCAGCCCACCCUCCCUAUUCCCAUCGAAGGCCACCACGGUCGUCGCCGCUCAAAUUCAUCCUCUGACGACUCCGAUUCGUCCAAUUCGCCCACCACUCCUCUCAGCUCUGCUACUCCUUUCCCUACCCCUGCGGCAGGUCUACCUCCCCGUGUUGCUCCCAUCUCGCCAUCUGCAUCCCCUAUUCUCUCCUACUUCUUAAAUCAGCCGUCGCCCAAGUCGCCCACAAAUACCUUCCCAUUCCGGAGGAAUUUCGGUCCGCCUGUUAUUGAAGACGAUGAACCAGAGAGCGCUCCCGCAUCUAACAAGCAUGCCCGCCGUGCGAGCAAUGCGUGGAGUGGUAGCGAGCGGUUCACUCAGCCACCUACGGUGCCAGCGCCCGGCGGCCAGCAGGAACGGGCCGUCGGUAUUAUGCGUCGUCUCUCGCUUGGGGGAGCUUUAGCUAGACCGCAGAUCCCUAACUUCAAACCGACGGGUGGUCAGGAUGACCGGCCUCAGGCCCAGCGUAGUGCCACUCCUCCCGGACGGUCCACGCCCUCGGCGGAUACCCCGCGUAAGGCACGACGAGCAAACACGUUGGCACCUGGAACAGCUAGGCCUCCACAUCGUGCGCCGUCUCCGAUGGGCGAGCGCAUCCUCAAGGGCCAUUUCGACGGUUUCAACUGA